GGCCUCUCAUUUUCCUGUUGCUGGUGGACCUGCUGUGGCUGGUCUGGGGGUGUUGAGCCCUCGUCCAGACCCUGGUGGAGAGUGAGCCUCUCACCAUGUCAGCCUGCUGCAACUGGAAAUGCAUUUUCCAGUAUGAGACAAACAAAGUCCUCCAGAUCCAGAGCGUGAAUUAUGGCAGCAUUAAGUGGAUCCUGCACCUGCUGGUCUUUUCUUACAUCAGCUUUGCUUUGAUCAGUGACAAGCGGUACCAAAAGAAAGAGCCUGUCAUCAGCUCGGUGCACACCAAGGUGAAAGGGAUAGCAGAGGUGAAGGCGGAGAUACUGGAGAAUGGAAUGAAGAAGGUGGUGUCUGAAGUCUUUGACACCGCAGAUUACACCUUCCCCAUGCAGGGAAACUCCUUCUUCGUGAUGACAAACUUUCUUAAGACAGAAGGCCAACAGCAGGGGAAAUGUCCUGACUUUCCCACCAGGAGGACGAUCUGUUCCUCUGACAAGAAUUGUAAAGAGGGACGGACGGACCCGCAGAGCAAAGGGAUCCAGACCGGAAGGUGUGUAGUGUAUAAAGAAAGGCUGAAGACCUGUGAAGUCUCCUCCUGGUGUCCCGUCGAGGAAGUGGGAGAGCCCCCCCGGCCUGCGCUCUUGAACAGUGCCGAAAACUUCACUGUGCUCAUCAAGAAUAACAUCGACUUUCCUGGCCACAACUACACCACGAGAAACAUCUUGCCAGGUAUAAACAUCACUUGUACCUUUCACAAGACUCAGAAUCCACAGUGUCCCAUUUUCCGACUGGGAGAAAUUUUCCAAGAAACAGGAGAUAAUUUUUCAGAAGUGGCAAUUCAGGGAGGGAUCAUGGGCAUUGAGAUCUACUGGGACUGCAACCUGGACAGUUGGUUCCAUCACUGCCGCCCAAAAUACACCUUCCGUCGCCUUGAUGACAAGACCACCAAUGAGUCCUUGUACCCUGGCUACAACUUCAGAUACGCCAAGUACUACAAGGAAAACAACGUUGAAAAACGGACUCUGAUGAAAGUCUUCGGGAUCCGUUUUGACAUUCUGGUUUUUGGCACCGGAGGAAAAUUUAACAUUAUCCAGUUGGCAGUGUAUAUUGGCUCAGUCCUCUCCUACUUUGGUCUGGUCACUGUGAUCAUCGACUUGCUCAUCUGCACUUACUCAAGUGCAUGUUGUCGAUCCCACAUUUAUCCCUCUUUCAAGUGCUGUAAAUACUGUGCAGUCAAUGAAUACUACUACAGGAAGAAGGGUGAGCCCAUUGUGGAGCCAAAGCGGACAUUAAAAUAUGUGUCCUUUGUGGAUGAACCCCACAUCAGGAUGGUGGACCAGCAGCUACUUGGGGAAAGUCUACAAAAUGUCGAAGGUGAAGACGUCCCAAGACCCUCAACGGACUUCACGGACUUGUCCAGGCUGCCGCUGUCUCUCUAUGACCCAUCCCCUACUCCUGGGCAACCAGAGGAGAUGCAGCCGAUAAGUAGGGAAGUGACUCCUAUAUCCAGCAACAGCCCAGGCUGGUGCCAGUGUGGACACUGCCUCCCGUCCCAGCUCCCCGAGAGCGACAGAUGCCUGGAAGAGCUGUGCUGUCGGAAAAAGCCCGGUGCCUGCAUCACCACCUCGGAACCCUUUAGGAAGCUUGUCUUGUCCCGACAGGUCCUGCAGUUUCUCCUGCUCUACCAGGAGCCCUUGCUGGUGCUGGAUGACAAUGCCAACAGCCGGCUGCGGCGCUGUGCCUACAGGUGCUACACCACCUGGCGCUUCGGCUCCCAGGACCUCGCCGACUUUGCCAUCCUGCCCAGCUGCUGCCGCUGGACAAUCCGGAGAGAGUUUCCCAAGAGUGAAGGCCGGUACACCGGCUUCCAGAGUCCUUGCUGAUGGCACAGGGCUGAGCAGGAGUGUUAAUGUUUGUUUCCUUUGUUUGCACCCUGAGCGUGACCUGCAAAGAUCUGUGGCCAAACGUUCAACCAAAGGGAAAUGUGUAUUCCGCUCCUGCAGCUCUAGACGUGUCAGAGAGCAGAAUGAACAAACAAACAA